ACAGUCUUGGAAGGUAUAUAAACCCGGCUCCCUGCUAGUCGGGAUCAGUCAGCAUGAAUACUCUGGUUGCCAUCGCUCUACUUCUCGUCGUCCCAGCCCUGUACGUCCAGGGUGGGAACAUCCAGCAGACGGCUCCACCACCGGCUCCAACGACUCCACCAGUGGGGACUGGUUCGCCACAAGGUGGCAACCCUCCAAACCGAUUUAGCCCCCAUGCAUUCAUCGAGUUCAUGAAAAAGCAAGCCAAACAUGUCCUCGACUAUGCGAAGGAUUUGAAAGAAAUCGGAGGGAUCCUCGGUGCAGAACAGUUUGACGAGGCGGCGUUGAACAAGAAAAAGGAGGAUUUGGAAAAUGUAGAAAGCGUCUUUGAUUCCACUGAGGACUUCUUGCUAAAGGCUCUCUCUUCGCUCUAUAAAAAGCCUGAAGGUGAUGGUCCGGCCCCUCCUCCUAUGUGUGGGAGUUUCGUGGAAUAUUUGAAAGACAUCCAUAAGGAAAAUAUUCCCUUUGAUGAAAAAGUGGCAAAGGACCUGAUAGCGGUCGACUUUGAGUGUCUUGGCGAUAAGAUCCAGGGAGCCUUUGACAAGUUUGAUGAGGUUGCAUCGGGUACUCCCAACCCCGAAGAGUUACUGGAGACGAUUCUCCGCACCCUAGCCAGGAUCACAUCCAUCAACCGAGCCGAGCGGAUGUUCUUUGGAGCCCUAGUGAAAGUCUAUCCAGAAGAGGAGGAAGAGGAGGAGGAGGAAGAGGGAGGAGAUAAAAAGCGAGAGAUGAAAGACGAACUGCUGAAGUUGCUGCUGAAGAGAGUGCUGGACAAUGAACCAGCAAACAAACGUAGCUUUGGAGCUGUUCGCUCUCUCUUGGGCAGGAAGCACAGUAAAUAGGUAUAUUCCAUAUACUGUUUCGUUCCUUCAAAUGCCCUUUGAAUUUCAGUAGUCCGUGCUGAUUGCUCGUACUUAAAGACGUCUAAAUCUAUUGAAAAGUUAAUUUCUUGCACUCUGAAAUUAACAAUUCCUAGUUUCAUAUUAAGAAACCAAUUUCAUGUAAUUAAACAUCUUAUUCAAUCCUUA